AUGCAUCACGAGCUGUUUGCACAAAUAGUACCUCUAUACACACAGAUCGUUCAAGAGGAUCCCGAAUUCACAGACGUCAUUGACAAUAUAACAGUGCCGGCGGGACGUAAUGUCAAAUUGGCCUGUUCUGUUAAAAAUCUGGGCUCGUAUAAGACUGAGGCAGAAGUGAAUGCAAAAAUUGAACAGGCUAUACAAAAUCCACUCGGCCACUUCCAAAAUAAUAAAGAAUAUGAGGAGUUUGUCGAGCAAUUAGAAAUAAUUAAAAGUCUACAAGAUCUCGAAAAAAAGGAAAAAUUCUACAAGAAUUUUCAAAAAUACAACAACCGACGAUUGGAGCUUGAGCGUGACAUUGAAUGCCGUGCCAAGCAGCUGGAGAAAGAAGUUCACACAUCUGCAACAAGUGUUGAGUGCAUAAGAUUCUACUACAGUCAAAAAAUCAAAAUCGAAGCAGCAUUGACCGAUACUAACGCUCAGAAGGAGAGAAGCUUGCUUGAAAAUAGCGAACCCUGCCCUGCCUCUGUUGCAGGUGUUGACGAGAGCGACUUCUACUACGGCUCCUACUACGAUGACGACUAUGAUUACUGA